AUGGAGACGAUAGACUGCAGAUGCAGCAGCUGCCAAAAUGCGCUAGGCACAACCGUCAACCUCUGGACGCAGAUCGGAAGAAGUUACUACAGCCCGGUCGCUUCGCCUCAUCCGCGUCUGAGCGUACAGGCUUGUGGAGCAGCCAGAGCCGGCGAGAAGGGCACGCUGGUCGAGGGCUGCCGCCUCCAGGACAUCGAAUGCCACCUGUGCAAUGCAGUCGUUGGUAUCGAGUGUUUGGCCGUACCCACAAAUCACGCCCUUGACAACAACCAGGUGCUCCUGCGCAAGACGGCCUUCUCUGCUGUUGGCCAGGGCGGAAAAGUGGUAGAUCUCAACGUUGUACAAAAACUACGACUGCGAUACUCUGAGCGGCGCAGUGAAGAGUCCGAUGCAGAGGCGGAAUACGGACGUGUGGAUGGGUGGACGGUUGACCCCGAGAUCAUGGUAAUUCAAGAGCAGAUCGAGACGCAGCGUGCCGACAUUGAUCGCAUCGACAGCGCCGGAUUGCAGGUGGUGGCAGCCAUGGACGCGGCAAUCAGUCGCAUGGGCAGCGAGGUCACCGGCUUUCAGGAGACAAUGCGCAAGCUGCAGCAAGACCUCGGCGGCCAUCAGGGUGGCCUGAGCCAGGUGCAGGCACAGGCCAGCAUGCUCACCGACGCCCUUCACGAUACUCAAAAGCGAUUCGAUAUCGCGACUUCACAGCUGCGCAAAAGUGUGGGGACGGUCAAGACAGAGAUCCGACAGCUGAAGGAGCAGCUAAAAAGCGUCACGAAGGCGAUGCCGCAGGACAGCGACAGGAACACGGCAGUGAUCGAAAAGCAGGGCAGGGAGAUAGAAAGUCUGAGAUCGGAGCUGGCCGGCUUCGGACGACAAAUGCAACGACACCAGCAGGAGAGGACAGCCGGCUCAGUGGCCCAUGGCGUGCCAGCAUUCGGCUCGCGCGAGCUCGAUAUCAUAACGGAGAGCAUUACCAGGCUGAGCGGCCGGGCCAGUCAGGUCGAGCCGCUACAGAUGGAGCUGGUCAUCCUCAAAGGACGGGUGCAGCGGCUGGAGUCUCUGUCGUGGAAGGAGGCGGAGGAGGAGUCUCUUCAAACGGACGAGCCUUUGUCUACGACACAGCAGGGACUGAGCACGGCCUCUCAACGAAAGCGACGCCAGACAGGGACAGGGCCACCUUCGAAGCGAUCGAGUCGACGACAGCCAGCAUCGCCGACAAGAUACAGAGGACAGGAAGACUGA